CAUGAAAAAGUACUAGGACCUUUGAUGAAGUUGAAUACAUUAAUAUCACCCCUAUUUCCCCGAAUCAAAAGCAAUUUUGCCAAAAGUAUUCUGUGAGACUUCUAUCGCAAGCGCUGCGCUGAAUGACUCAUGGAAAUGAACUCCAUUUUCUCAAUUUCCCCGUUUUUAUCGUCCCCGAUCUACCAUGCUGUUUGCUCUACAAGAGAGAAAGCGUAUCUCUCCUGGGAUUCGAUUGUCGAUCUCAUUGCUCAAUGCACAUUUUCAAAAUUUUAUAGCGUCAUAUCUGGCAAGGGGAGCUUGGAUGAUAGAGCCUCCCUCGCCCUCCUGUCUUGGGUAUCGUCAAUUGCCCUUAUCGCGCUAGGUUCUGGCGUGAUUUACAGACAGAUUCACGGACGGUCCAGGAAGAAGUCAUUUCGAAACGGCGACAAUCGGCCACCGUAUUCGACGAACAGGGCUCGUGAGAGUACGGAAUCAUCUAGCGAAGAUGAUACCUUCGAGGAUGAUGAGCGUGGCCUCAGUCCCUUUGAUACUAUAAUAUGCGAUGAUGACAAAGACCACGAUCCCGGUUUGUUAAAGAAGCAUUCAUCCAAUGUCUCUUACACAACUUCUAUCGCGACGUAUCCGUCCAUCAGGACGUUUUUCUGCCCUCAUCCUCACAUUGAAAAGCUUCCCACGAAACCAUACCCUUUACCACUCCUCGUGUUUGUACAUGGGCUGGGAGGCUCUCUUGCCCAGUUCCACCCUAUUCUGACAACACUUACGAAUGUCGGUCCUUGUUUUGGUAUUGAUUUUCCUGGGUGUGGGCUGUCUACGUUCUCGCCAAAGUCUUGGUCGGCUUAUUCUGUGGAGGCGCUUGCCACCCUUCUUGCAACCGCAAUUGAGCGGCAUCUGGAUACCGCCAGAAAUCAACAGGUCAUAUUCAUCGGACACAGUUUAGGAUGCUCCAUUGCGACUCUGAUUGCUUCCUCAAUAUCUCCAAUCGCACCCCAACUGAAAGAACAUAUCAUUGGAUUCAUCGCCCUGUGUCCACAGGCAACCCCACCUUCCAAAGCCACUACCUCACACUUUCGGAGAUUAUUGCAUAUCCCGGAAUCCAUAUUCAAUGCGUGGCGAAAAUGGGAUAGGCGAGGUGGCCUUAAUAGUCCAAGUGUGCUGAGGUUUACGGGAAGUGAAGCAGAUAUCGGGACAAGAAAACUUCAGCUGCGAUUUAAUGAGCAAAGCCGAACCCCGACAUGGAGGAGGAUGGCAUGGGGCACGCUUCCAGAACACGAUGCCAGCGGGAAGACUGUUAGCGGAAUACCUGGGGAAGAGAUGUGGAAGGGCAUCCAAGUUCCACUCCUGCUUGUCGCUGGGGAAUCAGACCCGAUCACGAAACCAAUAGAAGUGUCGAGAAUCCUUGAAUACUUUAGCAAACUCCCAGACACCCACAAAUCUGCCUGUGAUGAAAUAGAAACCGGCACAGGACUAAUCCAGGGUCAUCUCCCGAAGGGUUCGACAAAUGGGACAGUGCGUCCCUCGUUAUCCGCUACCUCCGAGAUUGAUAUCGAGUUCCACGGCGAACGCCAUUCAGAGAAGGCGGCUGUUAGGUCGUUUAUAUUCCCCGCUCCGGCAUCCCAUGCUCUUCUUUAUGACCGUGCUACGUAUCGUGCUCUAUCUGGUUUGAUACAAGGCUUCCUGGCGAACGACAUCGACUCUCGUCUAGGCAUCGGGUGGCAGUUACAGCAUCUCACCACCUCUGGGAAAUGGGACGUGAAAAAUCUUGCCAAAUGGAAAGCAGUGGAGCCAGUCUCAAAGCCGAUUGGCGAUACGUUCUUUGCGUUGAAGACAUUACGUGAGCUCGACCAAGAACAUUCGCCUAUUCCCUUCGUACAAAAGUGGAAAGGGAGAAUAUUCGCGAUCAUUGACAUUAGUCAUGAAAGCCCCGUAUAUAACCCAAGUCAGCUCGAUAAUGGUGGCAUCCAAUACCACAAGCUUCCGACAGUGUCCAAGAUUCCUCCGACAGUUGACGAAGUUCAUGACUUUGUCGCCCUUGUUGAUCGCCUUGAGGAAGAGAUUUCCUCCCAAGUCAAGAACCAGAGCGACCCCGAUGCACCUCGUCCUCUGAUUGGUGUUCACUGUCAUUACGGCUUUAAUCGAACAGGAUUUUUUCUUACAUCAUAUCUCAUCGAACGUAAAGGUUACACUGUUGAAGAAGCUCUCGAGGAGUUCAAACGGUGCAGACCACCCGGGAUACGCCAUCCACAUUUUAUCGAUACCCUAUUUGUACGAUAUUGCGCAGGUCUCCGUGGGGAGGAAGCGUUGAGCCUUUAG